AUGCCAGCCGAAAUUCCUAUUUGUGCUUUAAAUUCCCCGUCGAUCGAAUACUCUUUCCGAAGCAAGAAUAAGAAUAAUUUUAAAAAAAUCGCUGAAAGAACACAUUUCUCGUACAGAGAAGUGGAAGCUCUGGCCGUGAUACACCGAAAAAUUUUGCAAACUUGCGGUCCAAUAAGUCGUUUCGUUUUUCGCGACAUAUUUCAUUCUGGAUUCGAUUUUACCGAAAAUAUACGUCAUCUACUGAUAGAUAGAUUAUUUUCUGGUAUCGAUAAAACAAAUUCUCUUCAAAUUCGUAUGGAUCAUUGGAUCGAAGGUCUCUCGAUAAUUCUUCGUGGCACUUUAGACGAAAAAAUAAGCUUCGCUUAUAAAGUCUACGAUUUAUUAAGAACAAAUAGAUUAAAAAAGGAACAUAUAUUUCCGAUAAUGAGAGGAUGCUUGAUCGCCCAUUUACCUGAUGAAGAUCCAGAUGAUGGCGUAAAGGAUUUGAUAGAAAUGAUAAUUAGAAAACUCGACGUAGAUCGCGACGGAUACGUUUCCGAAAAUGAUUUUCGAACGGCAGUUAAAGAAAGAGGAGAAUUCCUUUUGGAAUGCAUGGGUCCUAUUUUUCCUUCCAGAGAAGCACGACACACAUUUUUAACUACAUUUACCGAUCAUGUUGGACCAAUUUAAAGUUUUAUUAGAUUA